GAGAGAAGCCUUUCUUUGCUCUGACUGUGGGUCGAGUUUCUCUCAGCUGGGCUCCUUAAAAACACACCAACGUAUACACACAGGAGCGAAGACUUAUUCCUGCUCUGACUGUGGAAAAUGUUUUAAAACAUCAACAUAUCUAAAAGUUCACCAGAGAACACACACAGGAGAGAAGUCUUACGUCUGCUCUGACUGUGGAAAAUGCUUCACAACAUCAACAUAUCUAAAAGUUCACCAGAGAACACACACAGGAGAGAAACCUUACAUUUGCUCUGACUGUGGGGCGAGUUUCUCUCAGCUGGGCACCUUAAAAAUACACCAACUUAUACACACAGGAGAGAAGCCUUUCGUCUGCUCUUACUGUGGGGCGAGUUUCUCUCAGCUGGGCACCUUAAAAACACACCAACUUAUACAUACUGGUGAGAAGCCUUACUUCUGCUCUGACUGUGGAAAAUGCUUCAAAACCUCAACUGAGCUAAAAGUUCAUCAGAGAACACACACAGGAGACAAGCCGUAUUACUGCUCUGAGUGUGGAACUAGUUUCUCUAAAUUUUCCAUCUUAAAAACACAUGAACGUAUACAUACAGGAGAGAAGCCUUACGUCUGCUCUGACUGUGGAAAAUGCUUCAAAACAUCAACUCAUCUAAAAGUUCAUCAGAGAACACAAGAAUUUGGCAGUACAUCCAACCGGCCUCACAACUGCAGAUCACAUGUAACCACGGCAGCCCAGGACCUCUUCACCUGCAGGAUUGUCUGA